UUGUAAGUUUGCCCUUAUAAUCAAUCUUAUUACGUUUAUAGGAUCAUGAGCUGGCCCAGCUCAUCGUCGCCUGUCGUUGGCUCUGACUCUCACUUUUUCUAUGAUGCCUGUAACACAUCGGCAAAGUGCUAUCUGUCAGCGCCCCUUCACAUAUUCAAAUAUACUUGGGGCAAGGCACAUGCCGUUCGUUGGGAACAAUGGAGCAAUACCUAAGCAUGGAUCAAGAGGUAUUAGUAACGAAUAAAAAGUCAUGGAAUUCAAUAAAAGAAAGUGUGGAUAGCCUUAUUACAUCGCUUCCAGUGCUGCUGGGAUUCGUGCUUUCUCGCAUGCUCUGCGCGCACCUGCCGAGGCUGUCGAUGCGCCGAUUUCUUCUGGAGUACAUGCUUGUUGCCAUACCAACUCUUAUUUUCUUCAUGGGGUGCAAUGAUUACCUCCACUUGUACUCCAUAGCGGUUACCGUGGGCCUCGCAUGGUGUCUUCGUCAACGGCAAGCGCUUGGAUUGCAAAACACAAAGUAUGAGGUGGGAAAGCGUCCUCUGGUCUUUACCCUGCUCAGGGCCGUCUGCAACUGUGGAACGGGUGUUGCCAUCCUCGCAGUGGACUUUCCGGCAUUUCCAUUCCGUUUCCGCAAGAGUCGAACGUUUGGCGCCUCUUUGAUGGACUUGGGCAUUGGCUUUUUUGUCGUCACAAUGGGCUUGGUGUCGCAUCGGGCCAGGAAUUUCGCUGAUUUGAAGAAGUUACCCAGGGCGGUGGUUCCUUUGCUGCUACUGGGUCUGGCACGCACCAUUGUAAUAUCGCAAAUCAACUAUGUCCAGGAUGUGCACGAGUAUGGGCUGCACAUGAACGCAUUCUUCAUCCUCGGACUGACCAAACUAUUUGGUGCUCUGUUCAGUCUUUUGGCUAGCUCGGAUGCACAGCUGUUGGGACUGGCUUUAGGUAUUCUCUCUAUUCACGAGCUCGUUCUGCAACUGGGUCUAUGCGAUUAUGUGAUGUCGGAUACGCUGCCGCGCAUUGGCUUCCUGAGCUCCAAUAGGGAAGGCCUGAGUUCUUUACCCGGCUGCGUCGCCCUGUACCUACUCAGCAUUUACUUCUCCAAGUGGUACACUUCCCAGGAUCAUCUGAACUACAAGCAAAUGUGCUCAAAGCUGAAGCGACUCCUCCUGGUAGCUGUUGCUCUCUGGGUUGUGGUCUUCCUCAGUGCCUACCUCUUCGGCAUAGCUCGCGUCACGUUCAACUUUGGAUAUGUGACUUGGACUUCGGCCGUCUCCGUGGUAAUCAUCCUCAUCUCUGCGUACUUCUUUGAGCUGGUUUUGUGCACGCGUCCGACAUUUGGGGAUGGUCACAAAGAAACUAUCAGUUCCCUGCCCACCUAUGUGGAGAGCCUAAACAUGAAUGGUUUGAUCUACUUCCUGCUGUCCAACUUCCUCACGGGAAUGUGCAACAUAUUUUUCGACCCCAAUAACCGCACAACUGUUGAGUGCGUGUUCAUUCUGCUCGCCUACAUGCUGAUCUGUUCAACGACGGUCUUUAUUAUGCUUAAAAAGCGUAUAAGGAUCGCUUAGAAGAUGGCCCACAAAUCGGUUAAUAAAUAAUAUUUUCCCAAAAGU